AUGUUUACUUCCGAUGUUGAUUUUAUAGAUUAUUGUUUUAUUGAUGUUGUUGUUAUUUUGUUCACAAAUACAUUAAAUGCCUUCUACUGUUAUUUUAAUUUAUUUGUUCCUUUAAUUUGUAUUAUGAAUACUACUGAUGAUUUGAGUAGUAAUGACGAGGCUCAAAAUGAGGAGGAGAGUUCAAAAUCGAAACUAAACCUCACUGAGGAAAAUGUCAAGGAGUUGAUUUCAAAUUUACUUUUAUCAAGUUUUUUUCCCCAAAUCUUAAUAAAUUAUUCCUUAGUUGUUGAAUAUUUAACAAAAAUCGCAGUUACUUGUGAAGGUGAUAAUGUUGCUGAUCCCACAGUAGUGAAAACCUUAAUGAAACAUAUGUAUCAAUGCUGUUAA